AAAUAUCAGCUUCGCUGGCAUUGGUGUGGCAGACAUGGGGGAAGAGGAAAACUCGUGUCAACAAGAACGUAUCUUCAGAUUCUGGGAACAAGCACAGAUUAUAGUUCACCUAGCGUUCUACUAUUCACUGAUUCUUAUAGGUGACUUUCCUUUUUAUUUAUUUAUUUAUUUAUUUUUUGGGAGCAACUUCAAAAUACCUCCCUUUUUGGUCAUUUGCAUGCUUUCAAGAGAACCAUCCAUCUUGAAAGUAUCAGUUCAUUUCUCCAUGCCCCUGCAAUCCCCCACACUCCUUCAAUACCUCAGCUAAGUUGUUCUUGUUAUUUUAGCGGCAUAAAACUGUUAAGAGGCAUAAGAAAAUGCCCUUCUGAUUGUUCUCUUUGCGCAAAAUCUUUGGACAUUUUUUAAUCAGUUCAAAGAACAUGUUCAAAUUAGUGAUAGUUCAUGUUUGUAAACAGUUUUUGUCAUUCAAAUGCUCAAUCAAUGGAACAAAGGAACAUUUUGUUUAAAGAGCAAAUAAGCUGUGGGCACAUUUUAUAUGACAACAGGUGAUAUAAUGCUAACUGCCACUGUAACAUGGGCAGAGGGCAAAAAAUAACUAUUUAGAUUUUGGUUUGACUGAAAGAAAGGAUGGCUACAAUUAGCAAAUUAUCAUAUGAAGUUUAUAAUAAAUGACCAACAGUGGUUCCAUUUCUAAAAUCUCCAAUAACUUUGACAGGAGCCUUUCUUUUCUUUAGGUAUUUAUUUAACUGUGGAGAAAACACUGUAAGAAUACUUCAUGAACUAAAUCGACUGAAAAUGAACGUCACUCGAGUCUUCUUGACUGGAAUGACUUGGCAAAACCACAUAGCUGGUCUUCCUACAUUGAUCAAAUGCCAUGGAUCAUUAAAAGGAACAGGAUUAAAUGUGUAUGGUCCCCAGGGACUCACUAAGUUCCUCCGAGAUGUUACAACUUUCUCAAGCACUGGCCUGCAAAGACUACAAUCCCUGGAGCUUUUUAGUAGCUUAGAAUUUAUUGGUAAUUCUGAUCAAGGCCAGCUUGAGCCAUAUGUCGAUGACAAUGUUACCAUCAGACCUGUUGUUCUUGAAAGGAAGGAUAAAGAUACUUGCCAUUCUGAGAGGCAGUCAGUUUGCUACAUUUGUGAAUUUGAAGACCUUCCUGGACACUUUAUUCGUGAGAAGGCAGAAAAGUUGGGUGUGACACCGGAAUGGUUUAAUGAACUAGCUAUUGGACAUCCAGUCGUAACAUCUCAAGGAAGAAAGGUAUUAUGGUCUACAGUCAAUGUGCUACUACUACUGCUCGGGGGAGGGGGGGUGCGGGGGGAGCUGUGAUAGUAGCACAUUGCUACUACUACUAGCACUAGCGGUAGCACACUGCUACUACUUAUAGUCCUAAAGUAUCCCACCCCCAGAGGGGUAUUUAAGGAAUUUUUGGGUGGGGAUGUGCCACUGGGACCUCAGAACCCUUAGGCUAGACCAGACCUAGUUCAGCAGAAUUUUGCUACCCCAUACUAGACUCAGCUCCCAAUAUCCCUCCCUAUCCUAGAGUCAAUUGCCAAUUUCUUUUCCCAGUUUCCCUUGUCCAGAGUAAUAUCUUCAACCAAUUGAACAGUUUCCUGAAAAAUGAUACCCUAUUCUGCACCCAAACUCCCUGAUUUCUUUACCCUUUCUCAGUGGCACAUACGUAUAUAGUCCCCUGGUAAAACCCCUCCCCCCAGGCAGCUACCGCUAUUACUACCACUAUUAAUAAUAAUAAUGAUAGUAAUAAUAAUAAUAAUAAUAAUAAUAAUAAUAAUAAUAAUAAUAUGUCAUAAAACCUAUAUGGAAAGCCUCAGUAAAAAAUAUGUUCAUAAAAAGUGAAAUAUAUUAACUAAACUAACGUAAAUUUUCAUACAAAUUUGAAGAAUUCAAUAAAAUGAUAUUUAAUAACAAUAUUAAUGGUUUAACGAUAGCAUUUCGACAAUGUAGCUCUUCAUCUUUACUGUCUUGAGUAAAAAUGAAUAGUAUUAAUAUAUAAUAUUAAUAUUAAUGAUUAAAAUAGACUAGGUAGCUCUUUAUAAUAGGUUAAACAAUUUCAGAUGCAUAUUAACCAACAUACACAAUAACAUGCAAUUUGGUCAGCAAGUGUAGUCUGCACAACUCGGAGUUGUAUGAUUUUCUAUGGUUCCUUUGCUUCGUAGGGAGCUUUUUUUAGCAUUAAGUCUUUUAAUGGGUUUUCUAUUUUUACGUUAGGUUGAACCGUUUGAGGUCCUGUCCCCUACCACACCAGGACAAGUUUUUAUGAUUGUGGACUGCCCAUCAGUGGAAAUCAGGAAUGAAUUGGUACAAAAUCAAGAGUUUUCUCAAUUUCACUGCAGUGCGGACUUGAAGACACCACAUGUUAUUGUGCACAUGACCCCACUAGAAAUCUUUGGGUCUGAGUCUUACAAAUUAUGGAAGGAUCAGUUCGGUAAGACUGCUGUACAUAUUCUAGCUAACAAAGAGGUUGUAAAGCAAGAGACUCCAUUCUUAAAAAGUGUCGCAUUCCAUACUGCUCUCUCUGUUGUGGAUAAUGAAAUUUUUCCACCCAUAUUGGAAAGUCCUGCAGAGAGAAAACACAUCAGUUUACCAGACAAUUGUACCUCGGCAGAAAAUUUGUUGACUUAUCAAUUUCGUCCGCUAAAAUUGGAGGGAUUAACUAGAAGGAACUUACGUGUGGGAUAUGGUCUCAGUGACAUGUUAAAAAGGUUACAUAAGGCUUCAGAAAAAUUAGAUGAUGAGACUCUUGCUACUGUUGGCACUUCAACUGUAACCUCUGGAGAAGAAAACUUGCAAACAAUGUCUGACAGCAAAGUUACGUUUCUUGGAACUGGUUAUGCACUUCCGUCCUACUGCCGUGGCCAAAGUGCAGUACUUGUUCAUACAAGGUAUUUUAAAAUCUGAUUAAGAUGUAAUAAUAUUACAGGCUGUAAUGGCCAACAAGAAGGUAGCUCUGAUAUAAAGAGUCAUCUUUGGUUAGUCCUUGCAACCAGACUACAACCCUUGAAGAUUUUUUUCAGCUACUAUGAAGGUGACAGGAGUUUCAUUAAAGAAGGCAAGGAACAGAGAACCACAUGCGAUCCAUAGUUGUUUGAUUCCCCACCUACUCGUUGUAUUUACCUGGAAACUUGAAAUCUAGCGGACCACCUUGUUAAACUUGCAUUCUAAGAAAAGCAGGCACUCAAUCUGGUGGUAGGGGGCGGGGGUAGUUGUGUUAAUGGGAAAGUGAAACACAUAAAUUAAGUAAAAGACUUGAAAGGCUGACAUUUCCAGUACUAUUCCCUUGUCAUGGGAAGCUCUCUAAGGGGCUAGCACUCAAAAUAUUAGCAUUUGGAUGUUUUUAUGGGUGGCAAACUUACUUUGUCCACUCAGUUAAUAAAACUUAAUUCUUGUAUCAUUGGGCAGUAGUAUCAAGCUGUCAAGCUGUUAGCCUCAGGUCCAUUGAAGCUAAUAGAAGUGUUGCUUAACCCUUCCCUAGAAGGAAAGCCUAUUCAUCACAGGUCGGAUUACUCCACAAUGGUUAUAGUACAGUUCUUUGUCAGGUAACAAAGCAUAUUAACAACUUCAAAACAACAAUUUGCAGAACCCAAGGCCAAUGUUCCUCAACUAGACUCAAGAGUGAGCCAAGAAACCUCAGGAGGGGGUCCUAAGAGGGGGGGGGGGGCAGUAUACUCUUCAUUCACAAUAUUAUUUUGAGCACUGGUAAUGCAAUAGUGAACGUGCUGUUACUCUUUUAUUUUUUUUGACAGGGAAGACAGAUCAAUUCUUUUGGACUGCGGAGAAGGGACAUUUUCUCAACUUCGUUGUUUGUAUAAGGAACAGACAGCGGAUGCUUUGGCUUCCCUUAAAUGCGUGUUUAUAUCACACAGGCAUCCUGACCAUCAUAUGGUGAAUUGAUUUUUUUUUUAAUUCCACUUUUUUUAGCUUUUACAAUUUAUAUACCAUCCUUCAGAAAAGUUUUUUCAGCGGCUUCAGUAUAAAAUCUGCAUUGUUGUAAUAUUAAAUCGAAUGUAAGGACAACCAGGUAAGAAAGGAAAAUAUAGCCUCAAUAAUCUUCAAAUUAUGUUGAAACACUAGACAAAAGCUCAAGAUUCUUAGCGCCAGUUAUUUAAAUGGAGAUUAGCCCUUGUUUAUUCUGAUCUUAAUUCAUCAUUGACAGGGACUGAUGCGAUUACUUCUUGAAUAUGAAAAACUAUUUGAUGAAAGAAAGGUAAAUACUGUUUGUAGCUGAAUCUGCCAAUGACAAGGGCUAUUGAUUUCAUUUCCUACUUUAUCAAGAGCUCAAACAACAGUGCUGCCCUUCCCAAUUUCACUUUUCUCCUUUACUCUCUUCAACUCUUUCACUGCCAGUCCUAUUGCUUUUUUGAGGGCAUCCACGUAAGUCCAGGGGCAGAUCAAGGAAUUUUUUUUUUUUUGGGGGGGGGGGAGCUUCCAAAAUUUACGGUCUUUAAUUUGCUCAAAAACUUUCCUAUUUGGAAGGGUAAAAAUCGUACCUCCACAACUCAAAAGCCUUGCAAUACCUAAAAAAAGAAUAAAGGGGUGUGGUUUGUUUUAAAUUAAUCCGAACCUAANUUUGAUUCCAUAGCAGUCUCCUUUAUAUGUUUUAAUAAUGUAUUAUCAUUAAGUUACUGCAUAGAUUUUACUGUUCUGUUAUUGUUAUUAUUAUUAUUAUUAUCAUUAUUAUUAUUACUAUUAUUAUUUUAUUACUUGUUUUUAAUACAGCUCAAUUUUAUUACAAUUGUGGGCCCAUGGAGAUUACAUCAAUGGCUAAAAGAGCACUUUAAGUCAAUUGGGCGAAACCUUCCUAUCAGGUAAAAAAAAGUUUGUUAAAAUAUCCUCCUUGCCUUUUAUACUUAGGAAGUAAACAUGCAUGAACUAAAAAAAGCACAGUGAGCAGUCAUGUUUAUUCAGUUUCUUUUCUGUGAGCACAGAUUUCUUCCUUUUGGAGAAGUAAAGACACAUAAGGUUAACAACCAAAUUCAGGAAGUUCUGGAUGCACUGGAACUAAGCGGAGUAAGUCCUAAUAUCAAAGGCAAACUGUUUACAAUGUCAGUGGCUGGUCUAGGGGAGGGGUCUGGGCCAGGUGGCAUAAAACCUUCUUAAGAUAAGAGAGCUCGUAACUUUUGUUCUGGAAAAAUAACCUAUUGUUUUGAAAUAAUAGUUACGAGUUCCCUUAAUUUUAAGAUCUUUUUGCAACCCGACCCUGGGCCCCACCUUAUUAGGGAGCUUAAGCAACAACUACGCCAACGGCAGCGAAAACGUCACUUAAAAAGUGAAUUCGCGCUGCUUCAAACUUCAUCCCUCUUAUUCUAUUUCAUUUAAUUUGUCAAGCGUUGGGGAAUUUUUCUGGAGUUGAUUCUAAAGGACUGUAUAUCUAAGUUCAGGAAAAAUAAAAGAAAACUAUUGUCUUGUGUUCUCGUCCUGCAUAAAACGUGAAGUUAGGCAGUUUCGCGUCGUAGUCGUACAACGACGGCAUAGAAAUGUGCAAAAAAAAGUUAUACACGUACAAAGUUUUUGUUUUGCUGAUCUAAACCUAUUACUUUUCGGCCGUUCUCGUGGCCAUCGCUGUCGUCGUGCUUAAGCUCCCUAUUUUUAGUUCAAACUGAAGCCCGCAGGUCUGAGAAAAAUUAAGGUCUGGAUGAGCAGGUCCUCCAUGUACUCAAAGAUCUGAAUCUGCCCAUGAAGAUAAGGAUACACAUUCGCCUUUCUUAAAGCAGACCUUUGUGUUUAAGGCCCAAAAGGUGUCAGAGCAAACAUAACCCAUGUAUAAUUUUCUUUUACUUCCUUUCUUAUUGCGUAAUAUUUAAUAGGACACGACUCUUUGUAGACGUUCCUUUCAAGCCAAACAUCAGUGUGUUAAUAAUCAUUAGGAAUCAGAUAGUUUGAUGGGUUUUUUUUCUCUAGGCCCACGACAGGUGCACAGCGCACCACACAAACAAAAAAAGAUGGCUAGCCUGUGAGUUAACGCAUAUUUCUUUCGUGCUAAUUGCCCCUUUUAAACUGUGUUUACUAUAUUGCUUUAGCUUCAAGUUGUUCCAGUACUUCACACUAGAGAUAGCCAUGGAAUCAUUUUGAAUCAUCCAUCUGGAUGGAAGCUUGUGUAUUCAGGAGAUUGUGUACCUUCGCAUAACCUGAUCAAGGAAGGUGAGCAAGCAUCAUCGCUACAUCUGCGGUUUCUUCACACUGACCUCUGAUGAGGCUAGAACAGCAGUUUUCAUUUCGAAAUAUGCCCAAAUAUUCAGUGUUUUUGAGCGCAGGUUUGGGUCGCUAUUCAUCAUCGUUGAACAUGCAUUUCUAGGGAAAAACUAGCGAGAAUUUCCCGCCAAAUGUAACCGUUCACAAUAAACAUAUUGAAUAGCAAAACAAUGUUUUUGCACGUGCGUUUUAAUUUUUUUGAAAUCUUUCUGCUAUUCCCUGCAAAACAAUAACUUCAAAUGAUUAAAUUCAAGCGGGUUUUACAGAGAAAGUGAAGACGCGACGCUUAAUUUUGUCUUUCCACUGUAAACUUGGAAUGGCCCAUCCACUUCGAAGCGGUUUUCCUCACAAAUGGUAAGCGCCCCAAAGAUCCGUAUUAGCAUCUUUUGUUCGGAGCACGAGCUGCACGUGCUGUUUUUUAGUGUUUGCAUACAGUGAAUAUUGGUCGACCACGCAGCUGUGCCAACGUCAGCUAAAAACAUUGACGUGUAGUUUCUGACAUCGUUUUGUUCAGAAGCCUACGUCCAAAUUGUUUGAGAAUUGAGCUGCAAGGAUUCCUUAACUUCAGAGAAAGCUAGUUAUAGUUCCGCCCGUCUACGUAUACUGUGAAUUCCGUUGUGCCAUCAGGAUAUAAAAAGGAGGUAUUUUUUGAAGUGGCCUACUGCUUCGCUAUCUUUAGGGCUAACACUUCGGUCGUUUUUUCUUAAAUUUCUCAACACUACUAUUUUAAGCAACAGAAGGAAAGUCUUUCGAUAAUUCUAUGGCUUUGUAACUUUACUCAGUUCUGCAUACUUUGCUUUAUUAUUUAACUUUAGGUUUGAAUUUCAGGUAAAAAUGCAACGCUGUUGAUCCACGAGGCAACUUAUUUUGAGAUUCCUAAGGAUGAGCCAGUCAGAGGGAGACACUGGUAAGAUAGUUUUAGUAGUACUUUGACGGCAGAGAUAGACUCUUUGAGUGAAACAUUUCAUUGUAACAUUUUGUUUUCUUACCUAGCACCCUUUCAGAAGCGAUCAAAGUGAGUCGAGAUAUGCAUGCCAGCUACACCAUUCUUACACACUUCUCAAAGCACUGGAAAAAUUACUGGCCUCAAGAAUGUGGCAAUCUAAGGCUGGGACCCGGAAUAAGUACGGCUUUUGACUUCAUGACGGUACGUGUUAUAAGAAUAGGAAUUAGGACGUCCUAAUUUGGCGAACGUUACUGAUUCAGUGUUCAUAUAUCCCAAUCACGCCAGCAGGGAGGGCUAAACAGUGAGUUACUCUCCGCUUGCAACUGAAAUUUGCUGAAAUAUUAUGGUGAUUUGUAAUGACCAUGUUUUCGUGCGCUUGGUACUAGAGAGCUUACGCAACGACGACGGCGAUGCCAACGAGGACGGCAAAAAGGCAAUAGGUUGAAGACCUGGUGCCGUCUACACGAGACGAUUCGCAACGACGAUUUUUAGAACAACACAGCGCUGCAAUGGUGGAACAAUGUUGUAACCACUCGAAACAAUGUCGCAACAAUGUUGCAACACUGUGUUGCGCUAAAAAUCGUCGUUGCGAAUCGUCUCGUGUAACGUCACCUUUAUGGAGGACGGGAGCACAAGAAAACGAUUUUCUUUUUCUUUGUUGAAGUUAGAUAUAGUCCUUUAGAAUUCAACUCCUGAAAAAAUCGCCAACCUAUGACAAACUAGAAGAGUUGGAAUAAGAGCGAUGAAAUUUGAAACAGCGCGAAUCGUCGCGCGAAUCCUAUUUUUGGGUGUAGUUUUUGCUGCCGUUGUCGUCGUCGUUGGUUAAGGUUCCUACUGUUUUCUUUCUCCCGCGUUGGUAUGAUCGCCUACAAUGGUUUUCCACCACUGGCGCCAGUCAUAAUACGGGAAGCUAAUACUGAUGCUCUUGCGGCGUUUUCCGAGACCUUCGAGGUCAAUGUAUUUCGAUGAUGUAUCCAAGACUAACCGGGCGAACCAGGAAGACAGGGACUUCCUGAUAGGCCGCACGAACCAGGGACUAGGCAAUGGUGACCUACACAUCUCAUUGUCUUGGCACAAUUUAGUCCGUUUAUCGCACCUGUCAUGUAGGGAUUAUUUCUGUUUUUACCACAGGUUCGGUUUAGUGACCUUCCAAGACUGCACAAACUGAGGCCCGCCAUUGCAAAAGUGUUUGAAAAAGAGACUUCUGACGAGAAAGGAGAAACAAGACCGGUACGAGCAUUG